AAAACACAAGAAGCUGCUUCUUUUCCCAGCUUUGAAGAUGUCCCAGGUCCCUGCGAGCCGGAGGACCUCAUUGACGGGAUCAUCUUCGCUGCUAAUUACCUCGGAUGCACUCAGGUGCUGUCGGACAAAAAUCCAACCAAGUCGGUCCGAAUGUCGCAGGCCCACGAAGCUGUCAGCCACAUCAAGAGCCAAGAUGAAGACUCUCAAAUGAUGACAGAAGUGGACCUCUUCAUCUCAACGAAAGCUGUUAAAGUGCUGAACGCUGACACACAGGAGACGAUGAUGGAUAGUGCCUUGCGGACCAUCUCCUACAUCGCUGACAUUGGCAGCGUUGUGGUUCUGAUGGCACGGAGACGCGUGUCUCAGGCCUCCUCGGAGGAUUUCUCCGAAUCGUCCGACUCCAACAGCGAAGGGAAGAGUCAGUACAGGAUGAUCUGCUACAUUUUUGAGUCUGAGGACGCGCAGCUGAUCGCGCAGUCCAUUGGUCAGGCUUUCAGUGUGGCCUACAGAGAGUUCCUGCGCGCCAACGGCAUCAACCCCACCGACCUGAGCCACAAACAGUACAGCGACAUCAUCAACUCCCAGGAAAUGUACCACGAUGACCUCGUUCACUUCUCAAACUCAGAGAACUGCAAAGAGCUGUAUGUGGAGAAGCAGAAAGGCGAGAGCCUCGGUGUGGUGAUAGUGGAGUCCGGCUGGGGCUCCAUCCUGCCCACCGUCAUCCUCGCCAGCAUGCUGAACAGCGGCCCCGCGGCUCGCUCCGGCAAACUCAGCAUCGGGGACCAGAUUAUGUCCAUCAACGACACAAGUCUGGUGGGGCUGCCGCUGGCUACCUGCCAGGGCAUCAUCAAGGGUUUAAAGAAUCAGGUGAAGGUAAAGCUGAGCAUCGUGAGCUGCCCUCCCGUCACCACCGUCCUCAUCAAGCGGCCCGACCUCAAGUUCCAGCUCGGCUUCAGUGUUCAGAACGGCAUCAUCUGCAGUCUGAUGCGAGGGGGCAUCGCCGAGCGAGGUGGGGUUCGUGUCGGACACCGGAUCAUCGAGAUAAACGGCCAGAGCGUUGUGGCCAUGGCGCACGAGAAGAUCGUUCAAACCCUGUCAGUCUCAGUGGGCGAGGUAAGAACUCGCACCAACACUUCUACAGGCAGACAUUUUGAAAGGUUCUCUGAGUUACAGUGUCUCAACAUGUGUCUCAAUAAAUGCUUAUUCAAAAGCUGAUAAAAAUGCUCAAUUAAAAGCUGAUAAUAUCAAUUUAAAAGAUAUUUGCCUGAACACAAUCAACCUGUUUUUUUCAUUUAGAGUGAUUUUUAGGGGUUUAAUUUGUUUCACUAAGUACAAAUCAUCAGUUUUAAUGUACUUCUCUUUAUCCACAAUAAUGGAUGACAUCAUAUCGUUAUGGGAACUUUAUUUAUUUUAAUGGUUAAAAGUAAUCAUGACAAUCUUUUAAAUUCCAGCACAUUAGUU